UAGUGGGACUACUGCCCCAGAUCCAGCUGUUUGCCUCUUCCGCCCAAAGGGCAGGUACCAGGUGGAGGCUCUAAGAGCACCUUGGAGAAAGAGCUUGAGAGAACAAGGCUCCAGGACACAGGGUUGAAGGGUAGACAGCAGAUGAGGCAGAAGCCUGUGGUGGCCGGGCAUGGCCAGCGCUGAUCCCCCUGCUCCAGGAGAGAGUGGGGCCUCAGGGACAACUAAGAAAAUGGGGAGCAGUAGCCUCUGGGUGCCAGGCCCUGCACUCUCCCUGCUCCUGCUCCUUUUCCUGCUGCUGCCACCUCCAUUGCUGAGCACAGGGAGCUUCCUGCACCGCCUCCCAGCCUGGACACCCUUCCACCAGGGCACCAGGCACUACAGGAGCAAGAUAGAGAAGCCAAAAACCUGUCAGAAAGUGCAAAGAAGUCCUGGAAGGACAUUCACAAAUUUGUGGAGGAAGUGGUGAAGAGGUUCACAAAGUAGCAUAAACCUGCGGAUCUCCAUAAUCACCUAUGCCUCAUAUGGCUUCACCCAUAUAUGACUCAACAAAGACAGCCCCUGUGCCUAGCCUGAUUAUCGCUACGACCACCACACCACUAUCAACAACAUCACUUCAGAAGACUAAGAUCCAAGGCAAUACAUCGGAGCCCACAGAUGCCCCAAAGGAGGAGACUUCAGUCCCCACAGUUGUCACACAGAAGACAACAGUGCCCACAGUUGUCACACAGGAGGCACCAGCACCCAUGGCUGUCACAGAAAAGCCUACCCUUGACUACCUCUUCCCAUUGUUCGUCCCAACCCUGAUCAUUAUCGUGGUGGUGAUCUGCUGUCUCUGUUUCUGCAGGAAGAAGCCAGAGACAUGUAUACAGACAUGUACCCCGGUGAUAGUCCCUUCUUGUAUGUACCAGGAAGACACUAUAAGACGGAUAGAGGGCGAACUGGACACCUUGUGUGACUUUGUGCAAAGCUGCAACCAGAUCCCAUUGAUGUGGUGUCAGCCCAGGAACGUGGGUCGAUGCCUCAACUUUACCUUAGUGAAUCUCCUCUGCAGGCAGUUGCCCUGUGGCUCAAACAUCUGCCUUACAGCCAACCAGGAAUGCUUCUCUCUCCAUAACUGCUGCUCAUGGUGCCAACACCCCUCUCCCAUAUGCUCCCGGCCACCCUCCAGGAUGCUGCCACUGCUGCCUCCCCCUGCCCACGCGCUCUCCAGAACUACUUUGCCACUCCUAGCCCCAUAGCCCAGCCUCUAAAACCCCCAAGACCCAAGAAUGUUAAGAGCUCUUUGUGUACCAAAUUGGACAGAGAAAUUGAGUCUUGGUUUACGGUCUAAAGGAGUUAAAAUUGUUGCUUAUCAACAAGAGAGUUUGUUACUUUUUGAGCAUUGUGCCACUGUAGGAAAUGUAUCUAUACUCUUUCUGCCAGGACAAAGCACCUUGGUAUGUAUGGAUACAGACAUGGAUGUGCCCCACUCCCCACAGCUUGGUCUUCAUCUGUCAUGAAGGGCUUGGAUGCAUGGGGUCUGAGUCAAAUGUUGUUCUUUGUGAAAAGCCCAAAAGAUCUUUGAAAUGUGAAUGCAACCCAUUU